AAAUGCGCCAAGGGAGAACAUUUGGGCAUCAUUCGAUUUCUGAUUUUGCAACGAAGACGUCGCAUUCGGCAUCGGCUAAAAAGCCACCUGGAAAAGCAAUCUCGUGUGCGGUUCGUCUGCGAAACCGGUAAUAGUUCAAUCCGCUGUGCUGUGUUGUGCUUAGGAAAACUCGGAAAAACCGCGCUCAUUUAGCAACUAGCAGAAAUGCGUUGUUUCCUGCCUUUGGUGGCUCUGCUCUUGGCAGCAGCCGUCCACGCUGAUGUCUCCCACCUGGACACGGAUCUCCAGGAGGAUGGCUAUCAUUACAAGCAGCCAUCGGUGCCUUUUCCGCCUCCGGGCUCUGGAAAUGGUAUUGAGGAUUCGGGCAUAGGAUCAGGACCUGCUCCUUCGGCUCCAGCUCCUUCUUAUGGACCCCCACAGACCCAGCCACCUCGUCCACCACCGCAACCAACACCCACGGCUCCUGCUCCGUCUCCAUCUUACGGACCACCGCAGACUCAACCUCCACGUCCACCACCGCAACCCACUCCCUCGGCUCCCGCUCCGUCUCCAUCUUAUGGACCUCCCCAGACGCAGCCACCUCGUCCUCCACCACAGCCAACUCCCUCCGCCCCAGCUCCAUCGUACAGACCCCCACAACCGCAGCCACCGGCACCACAGCCACCAUCUCCACAACCUGGACCAGAGUAUUUGCCUCCAGAUCAGCCCAAGCCACGUCCCACUCCAGCGCGUCCUCAGCCGCCUCCACCACCACCACCAUCUAGGCCACAGCCAACUCCUGGAUACGCUCCACCGCCUCCAGCGCCAUCAAGGCCACAGCCAACUCCAGGAUAUGCACCACCUCCUCCAGCUCCACCAAGGCCGCAACCCACUCCAGGAUACGGACCACCACCGCCCGCUCCUCCAGCUCCACAGCCACCAAGGCCUCAACCACCUCGCCCACAACCACCCAGUCCUCAGCCGCCACGUCCAAAACCAGGAUCUGAGUACCUGCCUCCUCCUGGAGAGAAUGAAGUGACUCCUACUCAACCACAGCCAACUGCUCCUGUGCCGGAAUACGGACCUCCACCAUCACCGCCUGCACCUCCAGCUGGACCCACUUACCAACCACGUCCACCUGCACCACCAGCACCUGCUCCAGGACCCACUUACCAGCCACGUCCUCCAGCACCACCAGCACCUGCACCAGGACCAACUUACCAGCCACGCCCACAGAGUCCUCCGUCACCACCUGCACCCACCUACCAGCCACAACCCCCUGCACCCCCAGCACCUGCACCAGGACCCACCUAUCAACCCCGUCCCCCAGCACCACCAGCACCCACCCAGGAAUACGGACCACCACCUACCAGUGGCGGCGAUGAGGCGGGCUCCCUGGGACCCGAUGGCUACAACUACAACAAGCCUGCCAAGCCCUUUACCUUCUAGAAAAGUACUCAAAACCACUGUCCUGUGAGCCACCAUUGGACCCACAAAAACCCCUGCCACUCGAAUAUUUUUCCAAAUAAAAAAACAAAUCUCAAAAGCCAAA